AAAGGAUUCGAUUUUCCCGUUGAGUUUUCCGGCUCUGCGUUCCAAAGUCCCACGGCUAAAUUUGUACAGUCAUUCUUCCAGAGAAUACUCCGUAGAAUAUUAUUCUCUUCCCGUAGCUCAUCGUUGCUGAACACAGACCCUACAAUCCGCAAGAGCUGAGAUGGAAAGAAGAACGGCUCCCUCCCCAGUGGGUGCUGGUAUGGCUCUGCCUCAUCUCCUUCCCUUCCACCCUUCUCUUCUUCUCUCCCGGGGUCGGAAUGAAGGGCACGUUUCUUUUGUGAACCAAGAACACGAACGGCCUAUAAUCCCCCAGCCUGAAGUUAAUCUUCCUGAUAACGACCACAACCCCAUGGCGUCGAUUAGGAGGCGCAGAGAUUGCUUCGAGAUGUAUCAAAUUUAUGAGAUUUUAAAGGCACAUUCUGUGAAUCUUCCAUUGCAUGAGACACGCGAGCCUGAGAAUUGGGUUGCAGGGAACGUGUUGGGAGAAAUGCGUACAAGACUUAAUCCUUCAAACAGAAGCGUGGAGGAGUUGGAAGAACCAGCUUUCCGAGAAUGUGCCAAGAAUCAUGAAGAACAAGGAUUCUCAUCGCUCAAGAGCCUGACUGACACUUAUUUUGAAGAAGAUGAUACAGAGGAAGAGGAAUGGUUCAGGGUAAAAGAUCUGAGGCUCUGUUCCUGCUGCAAGCAGAAAUGUCAUAAUGGUCCAAAUUGCAGGAGAGUUCUGAAUGUCACAACUGGCCUUGAAGAAACCGAAAGAGAAGAGGAGGAAGCAGAAGAAGUGACACGUGAGGGUGUAGGAGUUGAGACCAUAAAGUUACAUGGACAUGUUGAGAACAAAGACGUAGUUAUGCUGAUAGACAGUGGGAGCACACAUAGUUUCUUGGACCCUAAAAUAGUCAAAGAUAUGGCGAGUGUGGAAAGUGUCAAGAAUUAUAAAGAACAUGGAUACUUAUCGCUCAAGAACCAGACUGAGACUUAUGUGAAAGAAGAUGAUACAGAGGAAGAGGAAUGGUUAAGGGUGAAAGAUCUGAGGCUCUGUUCCCACUGCAAGAAAAAAUGUCAUAAUGGUCAAAAUACCUGGAGAGCUCUGAAUGCCACAACUGGCCUUGAAGAAACCAAAAGAGAAGAGGAGGAAGCAGAAGAAGUGACACGUGGGGGUUUAGGAGUUGAGACCAUAAUGUUACUUGGACGUGUUGAGAACAAAGACAUAGUUAUGAUGAUAGACAGUGGGAGCACACAUAGUUUCUUGGACCCUACAAUAGUCAAAGAUAUGGCGAGUGUGAAAUGUGUCAAGAGUCGACCACUCCAAGUGACUGUGGCAAAUGGGAAUGAGUUGAGCUGUGAUUUAGUCUGUCCCAAUUUCAAGUGGACUGUCCAAGGAGAAACCUUUGUGAAAGAAAUGAGGCUAGUGAGAAUGGGUGGGUGUGACAUGGUUCUUGGAAUGGAUUGGAUAGACGAGUUUACCCCUGUCCAGCUAAACACCCGACCCCCCAAGGUUACGUUUUGGAAGGAGGGCAGGAUGGUUAAACUUUAUGGGGUUACAUAUACUACUGAGGAAGCUGUGGGCAAGUCAUCUAGGAGUUAGUGACCUGCCAUUGUGCAGAAGAAUGGUUAUAGUUGCACUUUGAUUCAUAUGAAUUGCUGCUGGAUAUAUGCAUGAUUUUUGUAAUUUGAACUUUAUAAGGUUUUGGGGCUUGUUAUGAUCUUUUUCAGGGGCCCUGCAUGUGUUUCAUGUAAAUGCACUAGAUUUGUUAAUAUGAUUCCAUU